AUGACAUGGGCUGCACAGGUGUUCUGGAUGCAGAUAUUAGUUUACAAGUUGCCCCAAGACCUCAAUGCAGGAGGUGCACCAUCAGGUGGGACUACAACUCUUGGAGUGUCCCAGCUAGAUGUCAUUGAGAGGAAGGGGGAGGGACAGUUCAUAUAUACCCUCUGUCUCAAAGGAGGUGGUAAAGGAAAGGGCAGUGGAGCUGUAAAUGGUAACAGAGAACUGGACAUGGGAAAUAGACGACCUACUUUAAGUGGACUUGGGCCUGGGUCCCUAACAGAAGUGUCAGUGUUGGUCAUGGUGAUAAAAAACGAGUCAGGAAAAGUGGUUGGGGAGUUGGAUCAUGAUGACUUGGUGAAUCACGCGCCACCUUGCCAUUUCUCAUUGCACCAUGUACAGCCUUGUACCUACAUGCCCCUACACUCCAUCUUACAAGCACAGCAACUCAGCCGCAGCAAUGACUACACCAGUGCCCAUUCUGGGUCUUACAUCAAUAAUUAUCAGGGCUGUCUGAACCCAAGACAUCAGAUGACCCUGACAACUUUUUUUGCUGAUACUACGUACCCACCACAGGAUGAGCCUGUCAAACCCAUCAAGAGGAAACCUGUGCCCACCUGUGCCUAUCUCCGUUGUUUGUGUUGCAAGCAUGAUGAUAACUGGGGACCACUUAUUGAGUAUGUCAACUCAGAGGGAGAGCAGUGA